AACUGGCAGGCAGUGUUUUAUAUCACUGGUGCAAUUGGGAUACUGUGGUUUAUCGGUUGGUGGUAUCUUGUGUACGAUAACCCAGUCGAUCAUCCUAGGAUAAGUGAGUCAGAGCUCCAGCACAUACAAAAUGCCAUAGGGGACACUAUUUCGGAAAAGAAGCUUCCUAUCCCAUGGUUUAAAAUCCUUACAAGCUGGCCACUGAUUGUGAACCUAUUGCUUGCAUGGGGUUGUAUUUGGGGAAUGUUCACUAUUUUAACCCAAGCACCUACAUAUUUCCGCAACGUUCAUGGAUGGAGUGUGCAGAAGGUUGGCUUUUUCUCUGGUCUUCCCCAUGUUUGUCGAACGAGUUUCGCCAUCAUAGUUGGUUAUGUUUGUGACCACCUGUUGUCGAGUGGAAAGCUAUCAGUUACAGCAGUUCGAAAGUUGGCGGGUUUUAUAACAAAUAUUCUGCAAGGCAUAUUCAUGCUAGGGUUGGCCUUCUCCGGUUGUAACUCAGUUAUGGCCACUAUUUGCCUGACAGCAGCUCUUACUGUGAGUGGAGCUGAAACAUCAGGUUCUUUAGCUACAUACAUCGAUCUCAGUCCCAAUUUUGCUGGUGUACUCAUGGGCAUUGGUAACAUGAUUUGUGUGACUCCAGGAUUUCUGUCCGCUGCAGUUGUUGGUGCACUGACAUACAAGAAUCAAUCGUCUGAACAGUGGAAGAAAAUUUUCCUUAUAUCAGCAGGCAUCCUUUUACCUCCUGGCUUCCUACAUCUUCUCAGAUCGUCGUCUGAAGUACAAGAGUGGAAUUUCUCGAAGUCAUUGGCAAAAGAAUUGAAACAUGAUAUCUCUGCGAAGGACGUCGAAGCUCAGCAACGUCUGACAUCAGAACAUGAAACCGAAGGUCAUCAGGAUACAGAAGAGAAACAAAACCAUAUACUGUGAGAAAGAUUUA